GUGCAAGCACUUUUCGAAACUUACAAAGUACCGACCACCGAAAGCUAUUCUUGCAUUAAACCCACAAAAAAUUCGAUCCACACACACACACACACACGAAUAAAUAUACUCAAAUGGUUUGUAUAAGCGAGUCUGCAUGGAUGUUAUCAAGUUAGGAAACCAUUCUCCAUUGGACCAGGAUGAUGUUUUUGUUAUGUCUGAGAAAUAAAUAUAUUUUUUUAUGUUUUGUUCAACGUAUGUAGAAUUUGUAGUAUUCGAUGUGCGUGAAUUGCGCUGGACCAUUGUCUAUCUCUGUAUAAUUUAUAGAGUUUCACAUGAAGAAAACGCACCUGAAUUCGUGGGGGGUUCCAAGCACGAGACUUGGACAUGUCUGUGAAAAUGCCCCCGUGUCUCUCUCUUGCCGCGUCUCGGUGUUUUUUAUUUCGUCCUUUGGUGUCUAUCUUAGCUAUAAAUAGGUAGAGAAUUGAUCAAAUUUGGUGUACGGGUUUGUUCUUGGUACAGAGGUUCUGCGAUUGCAAGGUUGAAGGCAUCAAGAUUUGAUAGCUUGACAGAUUACUGUUUUACAUCACAACACAGGGACGGAAGCUUUUUGAUUGAAUGCCACAAAGGAAGAAUUGAAUUUUGGAUGUAAGAAUGGAGGGUGGUAAUUUCUUAAGUUGGAGGAAGAAUUCUUUGCAUUGGCAGGGGAAUGUGGACGAUCAUGAAGAGCUCAAACUGAAAGUAGCAUCGGCCUUAGCGUCAAUUCCUCAACCAGAAACACCAAAGGAGCCAAUGGACUUCUUGUCAAGAUCUUGCAGUUUUUCUGCUACUGAAAUUUCCAAAGCUCUGGCUCAGAAACGCAAACAGUGCAUACUUGACAAGAAUUCUCAUCCAAGCCCUGAGGCAUUUGUCCCACCACAAUUUGUUUCAGGAAAGGUCAUGAACCUAGUUCAUGCUCGUAGAACAGGGUCGUUUGGAAGAUGGUUCCACCACAAGGAGCAUAGUGACAGCACAGUGAAGAAGAAAGAUAAGGCGCGCAUGGAAAUCGCGCACACUCAUGCUGCCCUCUCUUUUGCUGGACUAGCAGCAGCAUUGGCUGCGGUGGCUGCAGCCAAAAACUGCAAAGGUUCAGAAUCAAAAAAGAGCACGGCUUUGGCAUCAGCUACAGAGCUCUUGGCAUCAUAUUGCGUUGAGAUGGCUGAAUCAGCUGGAGCCGAUCACGACCGUAUUGCCUCUGUUGUCAGAUCAGCAGUGGACAUUCGCAGUGCAAGUGAUCUAGUAACUCUGACAGCUGCAGCUGCAACAGCUUUGCGAGGGGAAGCAGCUCUGAAAGCAAGAUUGCCAAAAGAAGCAAAGAGGACUGCAGCCAUAAGUCCAUAUGACAAGGGUAUAUCAGAAGCACAUACUGUUGCUGCUUUUAAUCAUGAAAAGGAAGACUAUGAUCUUCCCUGUAUGGGUGACUUACUGCAACACACCCAAAAAGGAGUCCUAAAAUGGAAGCAUGUAUCAGUCUACAUCAACAAGAAAUCUCAGGUCAUAAUCAAGCUCAAAAGCAAACAUGUAGGAGGAGCCUUCUCAAAGAAGAAUAAAAGUGUUGUUUAUGGUGUCUGUGAUGAGGGUGCUGCAUGGCCAUUCAGAAAAGAAAGGGAAAACGUGGAAGUCUAUUUUGGAUUAAAAACUGCACAUGGUCUUUUAGAGUUCAAGUGCAAGAACAAGAUCCAUAAACAGAAAUGGUUUGAAGGGAUUCAAAAUCUUCUGCGUCGAAUCAGUUGCAUUGAAGAAGCCGAACGCUCUCUGAGAUUACUAAAUAUCACCAAGAGCUUUUGACAAGUUUGAGCUUCUGACAAUGUGGCCUUGAGGGUUUCAUAGUUUCACAAUCCUCUUACGAUGUGGCAUGCAAAUUGGAUGUAAAGUUGUAAACCUUGGUAAAAGCUGAAGACCCAAGACAUUUCUCAUAGAGGAGUCCCCCAACCACAA